AUGCUAGAGUAUCAACGCAAAAUUUUAGAAGAACUUUUCGCCGAAGACGGUUUAUUAUUAAUGAGUCGCGGUCUAGGUUUAAGGCGCAUUAUUUGCUCAAUUCUUAAAACGUAUUCUCAGGAAGCUCAUCUGGUAAUCUUGUUGAACUCUCCAGCAAGUGAGGAGAUCAGUAUCAAAGAAGAACUUGCAAAAAUGGGUGUUCAAAAGCCUGGGUUACGGAUUGUGAAUAAUGAGAUGGGUACUAAAGAGAGAUCCGAAUUAUACCUCUCUGGUGGUAUCAUAUCGAUUACUUCACGAAUUCUUAUAGUCGAUCUGUUAACAAAAAGAAUUCCUCCUAGUAUAAUUACUGGAAUACUG